AUGCGCCCCGACACGCCUCGAGACCCCGUCGCCGGGCCUGACGCAGGCCCAGAAAGCCCGUACCCAAUCCGAUUGUCGGGCCCGGUCAUCAAGGGCUUCGGCCGAGGCAGCAAGGAGCUUGGAAUCCCCACGGCAAAUAUCCCCGCCGAUGAUCUGUCCGAAGAGCAUCCCGAGUUGACGACCGGAGUGUAUUACGGAGUCGUGGCGCUGGAUCCACGAGCCCAGUCGCAUGAGGACAGCAGGAACGAUGGCGAGAAGUCAGCAGAGACGACGAUCUUGCCCGCCGUGUUGAGUAUUGGAUACAAUCCCUUCUACAAGAACACGGUGCGAUCGGUGGAAAUUCACAUCAUGCCUCAAUUGACAGAACCGUCCCCAACGGCGGUUGCGCAGCCCAAAUUUCACCGAAUGCCCGAUUUCUACGGCACCAAGCUCAACCUUCUGAUCUUGGGGUACAUUCGCCCCGAAUACGACUAUGUCUCGCUCGACGCUUUGAUUGAAGACAUUCGGGUCGAUUGCGAGGUUGCGCGACAAAGUUUACUCCGUGAUGCUUACCAGCGGUACAUUGUCGACGACGACCAAGGGUCGAACCAGGUCCGUGAGGAUCGAGAAUGGUUGAAGUCAUUCUAA